UCAGCAGGAUCACAUGAGCUGCGUUCAUGUGACUGAUCCACGUGCUCUCAGGGAUAAAUAGGAGCAGAGCCUCGAUCAACAGCAGCCAGGCGAAGGGUGGAAGGUGUUACUGAGAGAAGACACAUCCAGAACCCGGACAACAAACGACAGAAUGCGGUUUGCAGUUAUUCUGGCACUGGCUGCCAGCUUGUCUGUGAGCCUGGCCAAACCCCGCAUCCAUGCUCUGUCCAACGAUAUGGUCAACUACAUCAAUAAGCUUAAUUCAACCUGGAAGGCUGGCCACAACUUCCGUGAUGUUGACUAUGGUUAUGUCAAGAACCUCUGCGGUACUCUGCUUAAGGGACCUAAGCUCCCUGUCAUGGUUCGAAGCUCAGGAUACAUGAAGCUGCCAAAAGAAUUUGAUGCCAGAGAGCAAUGGCCCAACUGUCCCACUCUGAAGGAGAUCAGAGACCAGGGCUCCUGUGGAUCCUGCUGGGCAUUUGGUGCAGCAGAGGCCAUCUCUGACCGGAUCUGCAUUCACACCAAAGGCAAAGUCAACAAGGAGAUCUCUGCUGAGGAUCUGCUCACCUGCUGUGGCAGCUGUGGUAUGGGAUGUAAUGGUGGUUACCCAUCAGAGGCUUGGGACUUCUGGACCAAAGAAGGACUGGUGACCGGAGGCCUCUAUAACUCUCAUAUUGGUUGCCGUCCCUACACUAUCGAACCCUGUGAGCAUCAUGUGAAUGGCAGCAGACCUCCCUGCACCGGGGAGGGCGGGGAUACGCCUAAAUGUAUCUCAGAGUGCGAAGCUGGAUACACACCAAGCUAUAAAGAGGACAAACACUAUGGUCAAACUGCUUAUGGUGUGCCAGCACUGGAGGAUGAGAUCAAAUCUGAGAUUUACAAAAACGGACCAGUAGAGGGAGCCUUUUUAGUCUAUGAAGACUUUCCUUCCUACAAGUCUGGUGUGUAUCAGCAUGUGUCAGGCUCUGAGUUAGGCGGACACGCCAUAAAGAUCCUUGGUUGGGGAGAGGAGAACGGUGUACCUUACUGGCUCUGUGCAAACUCCUGGAACACAGACUGGGGUGAUAAUGGGUUCUUUAAAAUCCUCCGUGGAUCGGAUCACUGCGGUAUUGAGUCUGAGAUUGUGGCUGGAAUCCCUAAAGAAAGGCAAAGGUUUUAAGCUGCUUCGCCACCAGAGGGCGACAAUCUCCUCUCAACAAGAAGUGAACAGAAAUUGCAGCUUAAUAGUUGACAUCUGAAGGAGGGGAAAUUCAAGCACCUUCAGUUUUUAAGUGAAUUAUCAGACGGAAGAAAGACGCCCUCUUCCUACACACCAUUUACUCCUGUUUGAUGCCACUUGUAGACAAAGAUGUUUACAGGUCUGUUUUAGGACGCUCCCAUUUUAUUUUUUUAAUUGUUUUGAGAAAAUGUUGCAUUAGAAAGUGGAAUGGGUUUGAUGCUGUCACAGCUUUUGUUUUUCUACUGCUUGAAAUGAACUGUUUAAAAUCACCCUAAUGAGCUGAGGUACUGUAUAAUUCAUGUGAUCAUGCAGUAAUUCCUUGUUGCUUUUGAAUGACCAACUAUACUCCACUACUAAAUAUCAGAAUGUACUGUGUGUAACGGCUGGAAUUGUUUUUAAGCCUUUUUCUAUGUAGCUUGAAAUGAGAUGGAUUUUGUUUUUACUGCCAAUUAUGAUCAAAUGUUAACCAAAAUAAAAUAAAUCUUUGUUUGGCAAUGUG